AUGGAAACAAUGAGACGUCCGAGUUCAAAUGAUACCGAAGAAGAUUUGUUUCGGAUGCAAAAAGAGAUGUUCAAAAGAAAAUGCAAGAAACAAACUCUUGUUAACAACAAUUCCUUUGCCGAAAAAGGUCGACAGAUUGAUAAACUUGCAGGCCAUUUCUGUCUCAAUCUUGACUCUUUAGCUGAGGAAGAUGCAAGUAUCAUGCAACUUACUAUACGGGAGCGGAAUGUAGAGUUCCUAUAUAAUACUGAUCAGUUAGAUGAUUGUAAGAAUUCAACGGGAUGUGAAAAUUAUGCGGAAGAAGAAGGAUUUCCUGAUGUCCUGGAUUUGUCUAGAUAUUAUAAUGGCCUCGAUGAGUCUGUGAAAAAUAUCCCAGCAAACGGAAGAAGUUUUUUUGCAAUAGAAUUUGACAGAAUCCACGGUCGAAUUGGUGAUUACAAUGGAGCUGAAGCUUCAACUUCAGUUGUUGCAAAAUCGAUGAACGAUAUCAGUAGAGAAAUUGAACUGGAGAAUUUGCAAAGGAUAGAGAAAAUGAGCAAACAAGAGAUUGAGAAAGCGAAGCAAGAAAUUGUGGAGCGUUUUAAUCCAAAAUUACUCGAUUUCUUGCGGAACAAAGCGAAAAAGGAGCGACAGUGGAAUGCAAAACAAAUUGAAAGAAUUCCUCAGCAAAUAGAAAAAUCGACUGGUGAAACAAAUAAUGUAAUAUCAGAUAUUUGUACUAAUACGAAUCAAGAAGUUGCGAACAAGAUCAGAGAGCUAGAAAUAUUUGAUUUAGAAAAAAACAAUCCAGCAUUUCAUAAGGAUCCAAUAAGUAAACUAGAUGACACAUAUGUGCGAUUGGCAGCGGAUGUAGCACAAAUGGAUAUGGCAACGAAAUGCAUGCGCACAAUAUUGCCGCGGCAACAACAAAAUAUAGUCAGACUGUUUGAUAAUUUACAAACGCGACCGAAGAAUUAUACUGGUGAUGAUGAUUUGUUGGAGAUGGCUCGAGACAACUUAAAUGCAAUUAAGGGUUUAUAUUUGGAACAAAGGAAAGACAAGGAUGGUAAUUUAUCAGUUCACUUCGCUGAGGGUAUAGACCCGUUUGGAAAAGCAGCCUGGAUGUUGUCUCCAAUUCGUAAAGUUCUGGAUGUUAUGCAGAAAGAUGGAAAAUCAACUGUUCAUGACCUCGUGAUAGUGCGACUGUCGUUAUUCUGGACUUUGUUAGUUAUGGUGGAAAGGCCUACCUUGUACUAUGCUUUUGCUACGCCCAGUGAAAUUUUCGUUCGCUUAGCAGAAAUUUUUAUAAUGGGUCCUGAAAUUUUCAAGGAUGAAUGUGUUUCACGAUGUCUAAGUCGAUUUUUGCAUGAUUAUUUGGAACCGAAAGCUCGUGAUGGGCUUUUAUACUUGGCAUUAAAAGAACCUGUUGCCGGAUUAGAUUCAUUUGGAUCGUUUUACGAAGAUUUUCUUCACCAUUUCGAAGAGUUUUCGAUGGGCGAUGAAAAUUUCACAUUAUUCAUCCUACACUGUGCUUAUGCUAAUCAGCGACUUUUGGAUAGUUUAUUGAUGAAAUGCGCUAUUUGGACAUCUAAUAGAAACAUUGUUCGCCAAAUGAUCUUAAAAAAAGAUUCUGGGGGUUUUUUAUUAAAUUUGAUAACGGCUCGUCAAAUGAGCGAUAAUGAAAUUACUGACAGCAAAUAUAUUACGCAAUUUGGGAAGUUGCUUCUUAGUUAUGCUGCAGCAAUUCGAGAUGGUAUUAUUAUGAAAAAUCGUAAUGAGCUUGUAUAUGAAAUUGCAUCAUCUGAGCUCGGAUAUUACAUUCGAUGGUUACGAUUGUUGGUUAGUUUACUUGUACUGAUAACGAUGGGUUCCAUAUGUCAGUUGUGUCAAAUAUUGUGCUCAGAGAGUGGUACUUCCAGAAUUGCUGGUUUUCUGAUUUUAUUUAUUGCAUUUUUUGGGCAUGUAUGGAUAAGUAUACAUUCCUCUGCUUUAACCAGAGCUCGAAAAGCUUUCUUCGACGAAUCAAAUGUAUUGGAAACAUAUCAACCACGAGCAAGAACGAUGGGACAUUUAUUUUGUCCAGAACCACCAACACCAGCACCAACGGUGAAAUUUUCGGAAACUGACGAUGGGAAUAAGGAGAAACGAUCCAGUGAGGAAAAUGCCGCAUUUAAUGCUAUGCGAGAUUCGCAUUAUGCAAAUAUGUUUGAGUAUGCUAUGAAAAUGCAGAAAGAAUUGCAAGCAAUCGAAAAAACCGGUAAUGAGCUUGAAUCAGCAGGCUCAUCAUCAUUUCAAACAUCUGCAACACAGCCCUCCCAAUCAUCUGCUCAACAACAAUCACUAAGCGAUUCAUCAUUAUCACAAAAGCAAAAUGCAUCCGAUAAAUCAUCAUUAGGAAAAAAUCGAGGAACUUUUAUUUGA